AUGUCGUCGAAUGAUGAGACCAGCGUACCAUAUGAAUCUGCUGUCCUUGAUAUAAACACAACUGACCUUGCAAACGAUCUUUUCAACUCAGACAUAACAAUCUGGCUGACUUAUGCGCUAGAAGAACUAUCAAAGUUUGAACAGUGGUUGAAGGAAAAAGGACUCGACACUCCCAAGAACUUGGCUUUUUUAGCGAAGCUGCAAAAUCGAACAGUCGAAGAGAGUUACGACUCAGUAGAUAUUGUCAACAAGUCCCAACAGCGAAAAAUAUCGGAAUGCUUAUCCCUUGGCGGCGCAUUGCUUCCAGAUGAUCAGUGUCAUGCGGAAUUUUCUUACCAAAAAGCUAUCGAAGCAGGAGAAGAACUCGACGAAGAAAUAAAAGAGAUGCUCAAAAAGCUCCUUGCUGAGAAGUCGAAAGCAGCACGACUUAAGGGUUUCGACGUGGCCUUUGACGAAGCCAUUGCUGACGUAGAUCGAGUACUGGCAAAUGCUACUAGCACCAUGAGCUUGAAGAACUAA